UGCACAAGACCCUUACGCGUGAAGUUUCAUUUGAGAGUGAAAACUCGGAAGCGAUCGUUGGUGGUUUAUUUGCACUUUGCAAGGCGAGGUGGUAUUGGUGCGAAGGAGAAUCAAAAGUCGCAAGAUGAGGAAGGAAGACACAGUGAAGCUGAUUAGCGCUGAGGGUUUCGAAUUCGUUGUUGAUAAGGAAGCUGCUAUGGUUUCACAGACCAUACACAACAUGCUUACCUCUCCAGGGAGUUUCGCUGAGAGGCAGCACGGCGAGGUUACCUUCCCUGAGAUCAGCACCACCAUUCUCGAGAAGAUUUGUCAGUAUUUUUACUGGCAUCUCCAAUUCGCGAGUGGGAAAGAGACAGAGUUUCCUAUUGAACCUGAAUUAACUUUGGAGCUAAUGAUGGCUGCCAAUUACCUCCAUACAUGAGCAUUUCCUAGGGGUCGUAGCUCUCCAUUCUCAUUAUGGAGCUGUUUCUCAGAAGAGCUUUCAUAAAGAUGUGACCGUAUAAUUUGCUGCCAUUGGAGACUGUAUCUUUGCAGGAACAUAGUAUUAUGUAAUAUGUGUAAUCUAAUGGUCAUAGGACUCAGCUUGAAAAAGUUGCAUAUGAGAGUGGCUGUUAGAUGCUUACUGUCGAUGAUGCCAUACUGUGUACAUGAACUGAUUCAAUGAAAGUGUCAAUUUAAAGUGAGCA